UUGACCUUGAGUGCAUAAACCUUUGUGCCGUGACUGCCGUCGGACCUAGCGUUUCACUGCACUUUCCAGCAACUAGUCCUAUUACAUCAUCCUCCAUGGACGACUUCGACAUGGAUGCACCAUCCUUCUUCGGGGAAGGUUCAAACGAUGAUUUCUGCUAUUCCAUCCUCUCUCGCUUCUCCGGUUCCACCAAGGAAAGCCACUUGCAUCUCUGCGCCGUAAUCGGGGCUAUGUCUCAGGAGCUCAAGGAACAAAAACUCGCGUCCUUCCCUGUCGCUUACUUUGGCGCCGCAUGCUCCUCCCUGGACCGCAUAUCAAUGGAACCCAACCCUCCCAGCCACGUCAUCGGCGCCCUCCUCACUGUUAUAUCCCUCCUCAUCCCGAGAGUGCCCGCUGCGGUGCUGAAGAAGCAGAGGGAGUUCUUGUCGGAGCUGGUGGUGCGAGUUCUACGGUCGUUGGGGGAAUCAGAGAGUGUCAUGAUUUCAGGAUUGACGUGCCUUUCGCAUUUGUUGAUUAGAAGGGACGGUGUGAAUUGGUCCGACGUGUCUCCGUUGUUCACUGUGCUGUUGGGGUUCCUUACUGAUUCACGACCUCAGGUUAGAAGGAAAUCUCAUUUGUAUCUUCGUGAUGUCUUGCUAAACUUCCAAAACUCUUCCCUCUUGGCCUCCGCAAGUGAGGGAGUAAAAAAACUUCUGGAAAGUUUUUCUCUGCCGGCUCGUAGAGCAGAUGCUAAUGCUAGUGAAGGAACUGUGGGAGCUCAGCAGGUUCUGUAUAUUCUUGAUGCUUUGAAAGAGAGUCUUCCCUUUGUGUCGCUGGAAGACAAGACCAGCAUUCUUGAGAACUACAAAAUUCUCUUGGAUUUGCAUGAACCUCUAGUCACAAGGCGCAUAACAGAUGGCUUGAGUUUUCUUUGUCUUUACCCAACAUCAGAAGUUUUGCCCGACCCAUUACUUGAGUUGUUGUGCUUGUUGGCUCAUUCUAUCUCAUCAAAUGAGACUUCCAGAGAGGGAAUGACAUUUACUGCUCGCUUGCUCGCUACUGGAAUGAAUAAAGUUUAUUUGCUCAAAAGACAAAUAUGUGUGGUUAAGCUCCCUCUUGUCUUUAAUGCUCUCAAAGAUAUUUUGGCAUCUGAUCAUGAAGAGGCAAUAUAUGCAGCCACUGAUGCCUUUAAGAGCAUGAUUAACUCUUGUAUUGAUGCAUGUUUGAUUAAGGAGGGAGUGGAUCAGAUCUCUUUUAGUGAGGACAGAGGAUCGUGGAAGUCAGGACCAACCAUUAUUGAAAAAAUCUGUGCAAUUGUUGAGAGCUUACUUGAUUAUCGCUAUAGUUCUGUCUGGGACAGAGUAUUACAAGUUGUUUCAGCUAUGUUUAAUAAAUUAGGAAACAGUUCUCCUUAUUUUAUGAGAGGAAUACUCAAGAACUUGGUAGAUGUGCAAAAGCUGCAUGAAGGAGAUUUUCCCUUUAAGAAGCAGUUGCAUGAAUGCUUUGGAUCAGCUCUUGCUGCAAUGGGACCUGACGGAUUGCUGUCCUUUAUACCUCUGAAUUUGGAAGCUGAAGACUUGUUGGAUGCGAAUAUCUGGCUGUUUCCAAUCCUGAAACAGUAUAUUAUUGGUGCACGUUUAAAUUAUUUUAAAGAAGAAAUUUUGCCCAUGAUUGAACGUAUAAAGGAGAAGGCUCGAAAGCUUGAGAAGCAAGGUUUCAAGGUUUCAUCAAGGAAUGCAGAUGCCCUUGCUUACACUUUGUGGUCUUUGCUGCCUUCGUUUUGCAACUUUCCUGUUGACACUGCUGAAUGUUUCGGGAAUCUGCAAGGACAUUUAUGCAGAGAGAUAAAAGAGGAACCUGAGGUUCGCGGAAUAAUAUGCAAUAGCUUGCAGCUUCUGAUUCAGCAAAACAAGAAUGCUGUGGAAGCAAAUAACACAGAUUUUAAUGGGCAAGAUAUAGACAAACAAAGUCUUGUCUGUUAUUCGCAACAGGUUGCCAGGGACAAUUUGAACGUGCUGAAGUCAUCUGCAAAGCACUUACUAGUUGCUCUGGCAGACGUAUUCCUGAAGCCUUCAAAAGAUGAUGGUGGUUGUUUACAGCGUACUAUUGGUGAUAUUGCUUCCAUAGCAGAUAACACAGUUGUGGGGAAUUUACUCAUCCACAGAAUGAAUGACAUUGGAAAACGCCUUAAAGAGGCCGGCAGAGUAGACAAUUCCCAGAAUAUCAGUUCUAUGCAGAUUGAUGAAGCAUCAAAAGAAAUUUCUUCAGUAGUUAUCAAGGCACAGUACAUUGACUUUGCAGUUUCCCUGUUGCCUGGUUUAACAGAUGAAGGGAUUGAUGCAUUAUAUCAUGCAAUAAAGCCAGCAUUAAAGGACGCUGAAGGUGUCAUGCAGAAGAAGGCAUACAAAGCACUUUCAAUCAUUCUCAAGAGUUCUGAUCGUUUUGUUUCUUCAAAGUUGAAGGAACUUUUUGAGCUGAUGGUUGAAAUUCUUCAUUUAUGCCAUUUUUCUGCCAAACGUCACAGACUUGAUUGCCUUUACUUCUUAAUAAUUCAGGCUUCAAAGUCAGAGGAUAGUUUGGAGGACUUCUGGAGAAAAGAUGUUGAAGUUUUACUUGCCGAAAUAAUAAUUGCUGUUAAAGAGGUUAAUAAAAAAACCAGGAACAGGGCUUAUGAUAUACUUGUCCAAAUUGGUCAUGUACUUGGAGAUGAGGAGAGAAGUGGGAGAGAGAAAUUACAUGAGUUUUUUGACAAGAUUGCUAGGGGUCUGGCUGGACAAACUUCACAUAUGAGAAGUGCAACUGCAAAAAGUUUAGCUCGCUUGUCAUAUGAAUUCUCUGAUCUUGUUUUACCUGAUUUCAACUGGCUCCAACUCCGAACAGAAAAGAGAGAGAUAAUUAAGGCAAAUUUGGGUUUAUUGAAGGUAUUAGUAGUCAAAUCACAAGCAGAAGAGUUAAAAGUGCGCCUACCGAGCAUAGUGGAGGCUUUGUUGAAGUGGCAAAACAGCACCCAAAAUCAUUUUAAAGCAAAGGUUAAACUUCUCUUGGGAAUGCUUGUCACAAAGUGUGGACUGGGUGCUGUUAAAGAUGUCAUACCUAAAGAACAUAUGAAACUUCUUACCAACAUAUGCAAGAUCCAGGAACAGAAAAAGAGAAAAUGGGGUGCUAAAUCUGAGGAAACUAAAACACAUUUCUCAAAAGCAACCAAGUCCAGGCACAGUAUGUGGAAUCAUACAAAAAUCUUUUCAGAUUUUGAUGAAGAAAUUGACGGGACUUAUGGGGACUAUCUAAAUGCCAAGACAAUCUCUGGCAGGGGCAGAUCAGCAGCAACCUCAGUGAGGUCCAACAUCAGGCUAAAGAAGAAACUGCCUGAGGACGAAUCAGAUGAUGAACCACUUGAUUUGCUUGAUCGCAAGAAAGCAUGGUCUGCUCUGAGAUCAUCUGAGCAUCUAAAAAGGAAAUCAAGGUUCGAAGAUGAUGAGAUGGAGCUAGAUCCCCAUGGACGUUUGAUUAUCCGCCAGGAAGGGAAGCAGAGGAAGGAAAAGCCUGACGAACCCGAGUACGAUGCUAGGAGUGAGCCUGAUAGUCACUUGUCUGGGAGGUGUGGAACUAAAGCCCAGAAGCGAAGGAAAACAUCAGACUCCGGGUGGGCUUACACGGGAAACGAAUAUACUAGCAAGAAAGCCAGGGGAGAUGUGAAGAGGAAAGACAAGCUCGAACCAUAUGCAUACUGGCCACUUGAUAGAAAAAUGAUGAGUCGCCGACCACAGCAGUGUGCUGCAGCGAGAAAGGGUAUGUCAAGUGUUGUAAAGAUGACCAAAAAGUUUGAAGGUAAGAGCACUUCUGGUGUGCUGUCCAUGAAGAGCUUGAAACUAAAGAAGAAAGGCAGCGGAAAGAAAAUGUGAAUAGGGUCAAUGUAUAUUGGUAUAUCAUUGACGAGGUAGAUAACUAACCAUCCGGCAGUUCUGUUUACUUAUGAAAACGAUUUUAGGCUGUGUUUGUUUACAGAGACAGGACACUGAGAUAGGGAUACAGAGACACAAAAUCGUGUUUGACAGAAGAGACAUGGACAAAGACACUGAAUUAGUAUAUUUUGUGUCCAUCCUGACAAGAAAAACACGGUGACACUGACAAGGGGCAACUUAUUUUUCAUUAUUUUUGUUAA